AUGGGAGAAUGGUUUUCCGUGAAUUUAAUAUGUAAGGCAGAUGGAAAUAUUGCUCUGCAUUUUAAUCCACGACUGGACAGAGGUUAUAUUGUUAGAAAUACAAGAGUGCGUGGAUCCUGGGAGGAUGAAGAGACUUGUUCACCUGCGGGUUCAAACGGAUGUACUUUCCGUCGAAACACCUAUGCACAUCUUAUGAUCUUCUGUACAAACGAUGCAUUUCAGAUUUAACAACGCAAUAUA